AUGCCACGUCUCACUGGCAUUGCCAAUUUCAAUCCAGAAAAAGACAUCCCGUCUCUGAGCGACAAAGUUAUCCUUGUAACUGGAGGAACCGCCGGUUUGGGGAAACAGUCCAUCCAGGCUCUUGCAAAGCAUGAUCCCCGUCACAUCUACUUCACUGGCCGUAACCAAGGAGCGGCUGACGCUAUUAUGAAUGAUAUCAAAGCAGAAAAUUCGGACGUGGGAUUAACUUUCCUAGAGAUGGACUUCAGUUCCCUCGAGUCAGUAAGGGCCAGCAUCAAUCAAUUCGCACAUGACCGGUUGGAUAUCCUCAUGUGCAACGCAGGCGUUAUGGCAGUACCGCCAGCAGUAAGCAAAGAUGGAUUUGAGAUCCAUUUUGCAAUCAACCAUUUGGCCCAUGCCAUGAUCAUACAUGAACUUCUACCAGUUCUCACACGAACUGCGGAGAUGCCGAACUCUGACGUGCGAGUCGUGUGUCUGACAUCAGAAGGGUGGAAAGGACAUCCAUCCGGCGGCAUAUUGUAUGAUAAGGUGCGAACAGAGAAAGGCGGAAUGCCACUUUGGCUGUCAAGAUAUGGCCAAUCCAAAUUUGCUAAUCUUGUAUUUGCGGCGGAACUUGGGCGUCGAUGUCCGAAACUAAUGGCAGUCUCGGUUCACCCUGGAGUUGUGAAAACGGAUUUGGUAAACACUCUGUCCUUUACAGACACGGCCUUCUUACAUAUUGCAAACUUGAUACUAGGCGUUUCCAUCCUUACGCCAGAGGAGGGCGUCCUUAAUCAAUUGUGGGCAGCCGCAGGAGCAAGCCGAAAUGAUCUUGUGAAUGGAGCAUACUAUAAGCCAGUGGGAGUUUUAAGCAACAGCGAUAUAAAUAAGGACAAGGCUGCUAAGGAUAAAGAGUUAACUAGUAAACUCUGGGCUUGGACUAAUGAAAUAUUAGAGAAUAUUUAA